CUUGCCACAAACCCUACGAAGCCAAUAAAGGUGUGCCCUAAUUUCCCCAAACCUGAAAACUCGAAACCUAAGCAAUGGCUCAGAAGCGGGGCCCUGCGGCUUUACCAGGAUCCGAAUCUAACCCUAGCGAUGGCAUCGUGGCUAGGGUUUCGAACUCCAUUGUUCAGUCUUCCCUCUUCAAGAUGACGAAAUCCGCAGCCUCAAAAUCACAAGACGUUUCAUGGAAGGUCUUGAAAAAGACCGGGAGCGCAAUGUGGUUUGCGAGCACUGUGCUUUUGGUUCUCGUUGUUCCUUUGAUUGUUGAGAUAGAUAAAGAGCAACAGAUCAAUGAGCAAGAGGCACAGAAUGCUACGGUUUUUGGUACCCCUAUGAUGGCGCCCGCGAAAUGAAAUCGAGAAAGAGAGAUUAGGGUUUUGAUCUGGUGAAUUCCGAGGUUGGCUCUGUUUUCCUUUCCUUUUUUUUGGGCUGACCAUAUCUGAAGAUUAGGGUUUAGCAAGAGUUUAAGGGUAGGUUUGGGUUGUUUCUAGGUUUUUAUUGUCUUGGUUGUAUUUUGGAAUUAGGUCUUGAUUGUAUUGAUCUGGGUCUUAGAUGUUCUGUGGCAGCUUGAUUAAUACAAAAGAAAAUUAGGAUUAUGAUA